UCCUCCCCUGGGCUGAGGGCUCCAUUCCUCUCCCAAGCCGCCCCCAGUACAGCCUCCUGAGAGGCCAGAGCGGGGCUGCCUACCCAGCCCUGCUCCCAGGAGCUCAGCCCUGGCCUCCAGACGGACCCCUGGCAUCUGAGGCAGAAGCAACACCAAAGCCGGGAUUGGCCGGCUCCCACCCCAAAUGCCCAGCAGGCCGGCGCUGGGAACCUCGGGGGCGUGACGAAGCGCAGCCUGUCUCCAGCAUGUGUUCUGGGGCCAGUCCGCCUUGGGCUCUGGCCACGAUGACCGGCCCAUCCCUCAGCCUCACUCAUCUGCUCUCCAUUUCAGGACUGCUCUGUUACUCGGUCUGCUGCUUGGCCCUUCCCGGCCUGGAUCAGAAGAAGCGGGGCUGCCACAAAGCCUGCUGCCUGCUGACACCCCCUCCACCCCCACUGCUCCCACCACCCUUUCUCAGAGGGGACCGAAGUCCGCUUCUCUCCCCAGACAUGAAGAAUCUCAUCCUAGAACUCGAGAGCACGCAACCCCCGUGCGUGCAAGGAUCACUCGGCUCUCCUGGACCUCCUGGCCCCCAGGGUCCACCAGGGCUUCCCGGCAGGACAGGACCAAAGGGAGAAAAGGGGGAGCUUGGCCGACCCGGGAGGAAGGGUAGACCUGGCCCCCCAGGUGUUCCUGGCAUGCCUGGGCCUAUUGGCUCACCUGGCCCUGAAGGACCCAGGGGUGAAAAAGGUGACCUGGGUAUCAUGGGCUUGCCAGGGUCAAGAGGACCAAUGGGCUUCAAGGGCUACCCUGGAUCCAGAGGGGAAAAGGGAUCCAGAGGUGAAAGGGGUGACUUGGGGCCCAAAGGAGCAAAGGGCUUUCCUGGAGUUCCUGGCAUGUUGGGGCAGAAAGGUGAAAUGGGUCCAAAGGGUGAGCCUGGGAUAGCAGGUCACCGUGGACCCACAGGAAGACCAGGAAAACGAGGCAAGCAGGGACAGAAGGGAGAUAGUGGAGUUAUGGGCCCACCAGGCAAGCCUGGACCUUCUGGUCAACCUGGCAGACCAGGUCCUCCAGGUCCCCCUGGCACCCCAUCAGCAGGACAACUUGUCAUGGGGCCCAAAGGGGAGAGAGGAUUUCCCGGGCCUCCAGGAAGAUGUCUUUGUGGGAAUCCCAUGAAUGUGAAUAAUAACCCUUCCCAGGGGGAAUCCGUGUACGGGCCCAAUUCCCCCAGAGUUCCCGUGAUUUUUGUGGUUAACAACCAGGAAGAGCUUGAGAGGCUGAACACUCAAAAUGCCAUUGCCUUUCGGCGAGACCAGAGAUCUCUGUACUUCAAGGACAGCCUCGGCUGGCUCCCCAUCCAGCUGACCCCUUUCUACCCCGUGGACUACAACAUAGAUGGCCGCCUUGGCACCUGUGGGGACGGGGUCCUGCAGCCUGGGGAGGAGUGUGACGACGGGAAUGAUGAUGCCGGUGACGACUGCAUCAGCUGUCACCGGGCCUACUGUGGAGACGGCCACCGGCACAAGGGCGUGGAGGACUGUGACGGCUCCGACUUUGGCUCCCUGAAGUGUGAGACCUAUCUCCCUGGGUCCUACGGAGACCUGCAGUGCACCCCGUACUGCUACAUUGACUCCACACCCUGCCGCUACUUCACGUGAGGGCUCCCUGGAGGAGGUGGCUGCAUCCUGCGAGACUGGCAGCAGCUUCUCCACUCUCAUCACACUGACCUCGAGCCGUCCUGGUCCAGUUUCUACCACCUUCGUGGGACAAGAACAAGGACAGACUCCUGCUGCUAAGAUGCACUUUGACCUCAGCCUGAUCAGAAGAACUCAGGACCCUGCCUCCUGUUGCGGGCCCAGCUGGGAAGUGCCCCCAUCACCACCUUCUGGCUGGGGGCACCGUCCGUGCCCUUUCUCUCUGGAUGGAUCAACCAGGCCAUGGACCUGACUCAGCACCUUAGACACACACACACACCUGUGUCUGAGUUUGUUCUCGUCCCAUUUGGGGCAUCUGUGUGCCUACGACCUCCAGAAACUCAGGCAUUCUCACUAGGGCACUGGCUGUCGCUUCUCUGGAGGUCUGUGAUCCAGGAAGUCUGGAAGUGGGCCUGUUCUCUCCUGGAGGCUCCCAUUUCUGGAUCCCCCCAGGGAGCCAUCAGUGGGCCACCGCCCAGCACAGCCGCACUAGGAGGCGGCUCCUCCAGGAAGAGAGACCCAACUGUGAAAAGGACUGAGGCUGCUCCCCUAACUCCUGCUCUACCUUGGGCAGAGAUGGAGUCUCAGCAGGGUGCUCACCCCGAAGACUAGCAGAACAGUGGCCUUUGCUUCUCGACCUUCCCCAAAGAGGCGGCUCUUAUCCAACACCAUCUUGACCUGAGGACUCUCUGCACUUUGACCUCUGCCAUGCAAUGUCCCUCUUGUCCAUUUCUGGCUCGGGAGAUUCGCAGGCAGCAUAUGACCUGGUGUCCAGGCCUGGGUCGGCUGUGGGUGGUUCUUCAGUCCUUAGGAAAAUCCUGCCCUGUUUUCCCCAUCAAGGGCCCCACUACUGAGUCAGCAUUCUUGGCAGAGACCUCUGUGCUGAGUGCCAGUCCUAGC